CCACCAAGCCUGCAAAUGUGUGUGAGGUUCUCAGCCCUGUCCAUUGUGUUUCCUGCAGUGGAGUGCAGCGACAACCUCUUCGCCCAGAGAAACGGUGUGAUCCAUAGCCCAGAUUUCCCCAACUCCUACCCAAAAAGCUCUGACUGCUUGUACCGUAUUGAGCUGGAAGAAGGCUUCUUCAUCACCCUGCAAUUUGAAGAUAGUUUUGACAUCGAAGACCAUCCGGAGGUGACCUGUCCAUACGACUACAUCAAGAUCACCGCUGGAGUUAAAGAAUUUGGUCCUUUUUGCGGAGAAAGAUCUCCAGGUCGGAUCGAAACCCGGAGCAACAUCAUCCAUAUUUUGUUCCAUAGUGAUAACUCCGGAGAGAAUAGAGGCUGGAAACUUUCCUACACAGCUAUAGGGGACCCCUGUCCACUCCUGGAGCCUCCUCCCAAUGGCCGAAUUGACCCUUCCCAAGCGACGUACACCUUCAAGGACCAGGUGGUCAUCACCUGCAACACAGGAUACAACGUCCUCAAGGACGGAGUGGAGAGCGAAUCUUUCCAAGUCGAGUGCAUGAAAGACGGGAUGUGGAGCAACAAGGUCCCCGUCUGUCAAAUUGCCGAUUGCAAGGCACCUCCCAGGCUGGAGCAUGGCUUUGCAACCUUCUCCUCGCCGGACAACCUGACCACCUUCCAGUCGGGGAUCCAGUAUUCCUGCCAGCAGCCCUUCUACCAGAUGAUGCCCAACGUCUCAGGUACCUACACCUGCAAUGCCAAGGGAUUUUGGCAGAGUCCCGAGCUGGGCAGGCGCCUUCCCACCUGUCAACCAGUCUGUGGCCAACCUCUCCGCCCUCUGCCCACCUUAUUCAAGCGCAUCAUCGGCGGACGCAACGCAGCCCCGGGUUUCUUCCCUUGGCAGGCACUCAUUGUGGUGGAAGACACCUCCCGAGUUCCCAACGAUAAAUGGUUCGGCAGCGGAGCUCUUCUCUCUGAGUCCUGGGUGCUGACGGCCGCCCACGUUCUCCGCUCCCAGCGCCGCGACAACACCAUCAUCCCCGUCUCCAAGGAGCACGUCACCGUCUACUUGGGCCUCCACGAUGUGAGGAACCGGGUGGAUGCCGUCAACCGGACGGUGGAGAAGAUCGUCCUCCACGAGGCCUUCGACAUCCGGAACUACAACCACGACAUCGCGCUGGUGAAGCUGAAGGAGAAGGUGACCAUGGGGCCCUACGUCAUGCCGGUGUGCCUGCCACAAUCUGGACGCGAGCUGGAAGGGCCGGAGCCCAACACGCUGGGUUUAGUGGCCGGCUGGGGCAUCUCCAACCCCAACGUCACGGUGGACGAAGUCAUCAGCUCUGGCAUGAGGACCCUCUCCCACGUUCUUCAGUACGUCAAGUUGCCGGUGGUGCUCCACGCCGAGUGCAAGGAGAGCUACGAAUCCCGGUCGGGGAACUACAGCGUGACGGAGAACAUGUUCUGUGCUGGGUAUUACGAAGGAGGCAAGGACACCUGCCUGGGAGACAGCGGAGGAGCCUUCGUCAUCCAAGACCUGGAGACCCAACGGUGGGUGGCCCAAGGCCUGGUCUCCUGGGGAGGACCAGAAGAAUGCGGAAGCAAACAAGUCUAUGGGGUUUACACCAAAGUCUCCAACUAUGUGGAUUGGCUGCAGGAGAAAAGCGGGUGGACAUUCAAGGAUGCAGCCAACCGGGACGGAUGAACCAGAAUGAGAUGCGUACCUGCGCAUGGACAGGGAAGAUGUUGCCAAACUGUAUCCAGGUGGAGUUGCCACACAAGCAUUUGGAGAGGCAUCUGGUGUGAUUCCAUUAUUUCACCCAAUAAGGUUCCAAUUAUUAUGAUUAAACUAAAACUACCGUGUCUACUUGAGGUGUACAAUUCUUCGUUAGUCCUCGUAAGUCGAAUCAAAUUCAUCAAAUUCGUACUUACGAGGAAAUAUCCGACACGUGGACAUGGCCCUCAUCUAAAACUUAAAAAUCGAAACUUACCCAAUACUUUUCUGUUUAAAUUUUGUAAACCUCGGAAGCCUCCCAAAGUCAGUUUUAUUUUCAGUGUAAGAAAGCAAAGCAAAGCCAAAAAGGCUGCCUUUCCUCAUUAUUCAUUACUGGCCUCGCACCAUGAGGAGAGGGAAACAGCAGGGAGAAAACAGAGUUUGCUGGGAAAGAGACAGAGAAAGCACAGGAUUCUGGGAAAUGUAGUUUAGGAAGGUGAAGAGCCCUAUGGCAGAGAAUGCAAAAGGCCUUGCCCUGAACUACAUUUCCCAGAAUUCUGCUCAGCAUUGUAAAGCUUUAGUUAGGAUAGGAAAGAGAUGUGUCGCUCCAUCGCCAGAGUUGCAAUGAAUGAUUGAAUGUGCAAAGAGGAAGGCAGACUGAGACUUCUAGUAAAUCAAUUUCUGUGCUGGGCUGGGAAGAAAUCCUUAAAUGGAAGUUUUAUUGAUUAACAUGAGAGAUGUUCAAUGCAAUAGCUGUUGUGGCUUUAAAAAAAGGUUUUUUCAAAACUUUUUAAAAAUUCCCUAAAAUCAGUACAUGUAUGAAUAUUUCUGAAAGUUGUGGGGAAUGAUUCCAUUAUCUUAUGUCAUUGUACAGAAAAUUCAAGGAGAUCGCUCUUGUAGGUUUUUUUUUUAAAAAAUUGAAAAUUUCCCAAAAUUCCUUGGAUAAGUGAAACAUUCUGAAACUUGAUGGGCUAACAGUGGUGAACGUGAUCUAACAUCGGAGCAAGUUUCAUGCCAAUAAAAGUAAAACUGAGGAAGAAAGGAGCCUCUGAAUUUUCCCCACCUGCGCAAUUGCUACCAUGUUUCCCCAAAAAUAAGACAGUGUCUUAUAUUAUUUUUUACUCCCAAAGAUACGCUAGGUCUUAUUUUCAGGGGAUGUCUUAUUUUUCCAUGAAGAACAAUUCAUAUUCAUUGUUGAACAAAAAAAAAUGAACAUUUAUUCUAUACUGUACAGUAGUUGUCAUCACAAACCAACAUAACUAAACCAGACAAACUGUGACUCCUGUCAAGAAUUUCUUGUUUCCAUAUACAACUGGUAUGUAAGCCGCCCUGAGUCCCUCUGGGGAGAUGGAGGCGGGGUAUAAAAACAAAAUUAUAAUAAUAAUAAUAAUAAUAAUAAUAAUAAUAAUAAUAAUAAUAAUAAUGUACAUUUACCAAUCCUGCAUGCUAUGGUGUUUUGUUUGGCGGGCGCCGGGCAUGUUUCCAAACAAAAACUUGGCUAGGUCUUACUUUCGGGGGAGGUCUUAUAUUUAGCAAUUCAGCAAAACUUCUACUAGGUCUUAUUUUUUGGGGAUGUCUUAUUUUCAGGGAAACAGGGUAUAACGAAAAAAUAACAAAAUUUUGUUACUCUCGUUAUAGUAACAAAAUUUUCACUAACAAUACUUUAGAAACGAAACGCCAGUGCCCACCAGUUUUGUAAUGACCUUUGAAACAUUUUUUUAAUCGAUCACGCCUGCCUAGUCUGCUCCAUUUCACCUAGCAACAGCCUUAAUGGUACUGAGAGAUCUUGCAGAGACAGACAGAAAGAAUUUGACUUUUAUAUGCAUAGAUAUCAGAAAGGAGAGGCCAGGGAUCUUCCACCGACUUUGUUAUCCUUAAUACAAUCUCAACAAUUGCAUCCCUAAUGAAAGAAUAAGGAGUUAUUUUCUAACCAUGUGACAUGAAGCGACAUUGAACACACACAACACAUUUUCAUCAUGCUUUUGACACAAAAUAAUUAAAUACAUUAAACAGCAAACAGCCAGGGAUCUUCCCAUUACUUUCUAUUAUCCCAAAUACAAAUCCCAACAAUUGUAUUCCUAAUGCAAGAAUAUGAAGGUCUUCUCUAACAGUGUGACACAAAGAAAGAGUACAUCAUAUGGCACUGUACACACACAUACACCCAAACUAUACUGGUUUGUUAAUGGUAUAACACAGGGGUCCCCAAACUAAGGCCCGGGGGCCGGAUGCGGCCCUCGAAGGUCAUUUACCUGGCCCCUGUCCUAAACUUUAGACUUAGAGUUGACCUAAGUCUACCUGGUCUUUGGAGGUCUUAUUGCUUACUUAUGGUCUUAUGAGAUCGUCUAGAUGGUCUUUGAAGGUCUCUUUGCUUAGCUACGGCCUUAUGAGACCAUUUAGAUGGCUUUUGGAGGUCACUUUCCUUACCUAUGGUCCUAUGAGACCGUCUAGAUGGUCUUUGAGGGUCCCUUUCCUUAUCUAUGGUUUUAUGAGAUUGUCUAGAUGACCUUUGGGGGGCCCUUUCCUUCUCUAUGGUCUUAUGAAACCAUCUAGAUGGUCUUUGAGGGUCCCUUUCCUUAUCUAUGUUCUUCUGAUGGCCUGAUGAGAUCAUCUAGAUGGCCUUUGGGGGCCCCUUUCCUUACCUAUGGUCUUAUGAGACCGUCUAGUUGGUCUUUGGAGGUCUCUUUGCUUACCUAUAGUCUUAUGAGAUAGACUAGAUUAGGGGUCCCCAAACUAAGGCCCAUGGGCCAAAUGCAGCCCUCCAAGGUCAUUGACCUGGCCUUUGUCCUAAACUUUAGACUUCGUGUUGACCUAAGUCUGAAAUUACUUGAAGACACACAACAACAAUCUUAAUUUUCGACUAUUUCAUCAUAGUCCGGCCCCCUAACAGUCUGAGGGACUGUGAAUCGGCCCUCCACCUAAAAAGUUUGAGGACCCCUGUCACAGACAGAACGCCACCAGAUAAGAUUCAACACAGUUUAUUAAGGAUACAGAACCAAAAACGCCUGUAAAAAACAAAGGGCUAGGCAAACACUCGCCUUCAAUAUGAAAAGAUACUAAAAAACGGUUCAAAAGAUAAACCGGAUUAAACAGGAGUUUAAUCCGGGUUAAACCAAAAAUGCUUACUUCAGCCUGGCACUUUAAACAAACAAAAGCUGGUAAACAAAGAUUCAAUGAAACGUAAAUAACUGGCAGCAGAUUCCUCUCUGCUACUCAACAGCUGUGGUUGAAUAACUAAGUUGUUACUCCUCCAUGCAGCAAGCGAACUCCGGGUCCAAACACAUCAAUCAGGGCAGCAGCGGUCAGCGGGGUCCCAAUCCGGUCCAAGGUCGAAAGCCAGGUACAGGCGUCUUUAGUUCACCAGUUCCACCAAUAGCCACAGAAAGGGUAGUCCGAGGUCGUAGUCAGUCAGUCAGUCCAGCGUCAAUCCAGAGUAGGCAAUUAAUGUCCGUCAAAAAGACGACGGAGGUCCAAGCUAUUAAGAUUAAACACAAGUUGCACAGGAAAAGCCCACACAGUUCCUCCCGCCGUCUAUGCCCAGUGUCCUUGGUAACUUACAUAUUCAGCAAACGAAUCACACCCGUCUUCAGGAAAUUCCCAACAAGAGCCCAAGCGUUCGUCCAGAUUACCUUGCCCAACGCAAUUAGCCCUGGAUUCUAAACCCCAUUUUAUGCCAGUUUACAACUCCUCAUCGCUGUCAGCUGCUAUCCUAAUUCCAGGUGCCUCCUCAUCAUCAUCCUCAUCAGAGCUAAAACACCUUUGACUACGCCCCACAGCAUCCCCAGCUGUGGAUCCCGUUCCAUCCCUCCAGCCCGUCCACGGGUCCGAUCCUGAAACCCCCCAGUCGCCUCCCACACUAUUAUUGCCGGUGGCACCCAAAUCCUCCCUCACACGAGUCCAUUCCAUGUCAUCCUCCUCUGAGCUAACCAUCUCUUCCUCCAUUCCCUCGGUAAAACCCUCAAAGGAGUCUUCGUCAGUUGGUUCUGCAAAUAAGUCCCGCAGCCGUUUCCUUUCUCGCUCCUCAAGAGAGUCUGACUCCCGAGGAGUCUUACGACCACGUCUCCCAGUAUCGGAGCCAUAAGGCUCAACCAUAACAACCCCUGGUAUAACAGCAUCUCCAUUUAAUUCUCCUUUCCAAUGGUUGAACAAGGUUUGUACAGCCUUAGCAGAUAUCCAUCCAGAACAUCAUAUACGACUUAAAAUGUGAGAUACCAAUUUAACUCAUUGAUAUUUUGCAACCUGAAAUGCCAAGUAGAGAGUUUUUGGGAGCUUUGGGCUGUAUCCACACUGCAGAAUGAUCGCAGUUUGGCACCAUAUUAAUUGCAAUAGUUCGAUGCUAUUGAAUUUUAAUGUUUGUAGUUUGGUGAUGCAUUUUAUUGGGGCCAUAACAAGCCACAAAUCCUAAGUCAGAGCCAUGGCAAUUAAAGGAGUUUUAUACCACUAUAAUUCUGCAGUCUCGUAGUCCCCAAAGUGGCAUUUUCCAAGCUCCAAAUGCAACACAAUGUGCAUAUCAUAUCACUCCCAAAGACUAACCUAAUACAACACAACAAUGCAUUUAGUCAAGGAUAUUUAGGCCAUUCUUGGAUACCUCAGUAACACUCCUUGGACUGAUAAGCAGUUUUGUUUUUGAGGAAGAGAAGCCAGGGGUGCGUCUACACUGUGUAAUUAACCCAGUUUGACACCACUUUAACUGGCAUGGGUCAAUGCAAUGGGAUCAUGGAAAUCUUUGGUCUUCCCUGCCAAAGAAUGAUGGAGCCUCACUAAGUUACAAUUCCCAUGAGCUCACAGCAUGGAGCCAAAGUGGUGUCAAAGUGCAACAACUCAACAGUGCAGAUGCACCCCUAAGAGGAAAUCAAGCCCUGAAAGAAUCCAAAGAAAGAGAUACUACCUUGGUAUUAUGUGCUUAGAACAUAAUAUUUACAUAUUUAAGACGUUAUGUACUAUUUACAUAUUUAAGAGAUAUUGUGCCUAUUUGUUAUUGGUUUUGUAUUCCAUUUUUUUGUAGCAUUCCUGCUAUUUUGUAUUAUCGACGUUAAAAGGGAAUAAAGCAAUUCUGUUACAUAACAA